AUGUCGGACUCAUCUAAUGACGAUGUCCUUUUCGACUCUGGCGACCGGUCUGGAACCGAGUGUCAAUCAUAUGCAGACACCCAUGAUGAUUCCGACAUGUCUACCUUAUUUGACUGGAACUUGGACAGUUCUGGCCAAGAUGCCCUGUCGGAUCGCGUUUGCCUGGCUCCGAUAAGCGGCGGACGUGAGAAUGAUCGCAACAUGAAGAAACGAAGGCGAAGAGACCAGACUCGUUACCAGGAGCAAGCCAACCAUUCAGUAGCGGGACCAUCGAUUGCCAAUAUUCCCGAGCUUUAUUUAAUCAACAGCCAAGGGAAUUACAAAAAGUAUCGCCUCGUGCCGGCAGAAGUCGAAAAGAAUCAAGCCGUGGAAGACCCGAGACAAGAUCUGGAAAGUCUUGAAGAUCUUCUUGGUGACAGGGAGAAAUCAAGCCAACAACUCCAAGUUCCGAAACGCAAUAUUCACCCACGCCAUUUUGAAGGCUCCAUUCUCUCCAUAAUUGACUCGAUGGAAAAUUCUUCUGGGAUCAGAAAUGUGGAAUAUGUCAUAUUCUUUUCUCUGAUGGUGGUGAUUGCCAUUAUCAUUGUGGUAGGCCUCUCGACCAGACCUCUCCCCACACUUCCCUGUCUGAACUCUACUCGUGAUGCCACGGCGUUGCACACAAAUCGUAGUAUUCACUACCCAGAGAUGAAAAAAUAUUGA